UCUGACAGUUGACGUUUCAGAAAAGAAAUUCUUUUUCUUUUAAAUUUUCAUAAAAUCAAUAACACAAGAAAAUUUGCGAAAUCGGUGAAAUGUUUAUAUGCCCUUUACCGGACAUAAGUGCAAUUUUACGAGAUUAUUUCGUGAAAGUUGUGUCGUUUCCGGAAAAGGGAUAUAAAAGAAACUUUUCCCCUUUUUAUUUCUAAUAAAAACAACUUUCCCCUAAUCUUAAUCAAGAAAAAUGUCGUGUCCGUCAUUUGGCGAUUUGGGAAAAGAAGCAAAAGACGUUUAUCGCAGUGGAUUUCAUUUGGGAUUAGUAAAUUUCUCCAUAACUUCGAUUCUCAAAAAUAUUAACAUUGGUGGAAAUUUGAAACAUAAUUUGGAUGAAAAUUUGAGCAGUGGAGUGGGAUUUAUAGGAUUUGAAUCAGAAAAUUUUGGAAAAACAAUUGGAAAAUAUACGAAUGGCGGCGUUUUUAGUUUGCAAUACUUUUUAAAAAAAAAUUUAUUCGAAAAUGUCGAUAUCAACGGCAUAUUUUCUUAUAAUACCGAAUCAUCGGAAUCAUCACUUCAAGUUAAUUCCAAUUAUACCACAGAUAAUUUUCAUGGAAAUUUAUCAUUAACUAAUUGUUUCGAGCUGAAUUCGAGAGCAACUGUCGAUGUCGUUUAUCGAAUUAAGGAUAUAUUUGUCGGAUAUCAAACUGGAUUUGACACAGCAUCAAAUAAAUUUACAAGAAAUGAUCUUGGUCUCGGUUUUGCUGUCAACGAUAUGGGAUUUCAUUUUCGUUGUAAUUCCAUUCCCACUGAAUUUGGACUUUCAGUUCAUCGCAAAGUGGCUAAUAAUUGGGAUGUUGCGAUGAAUGGAAUAUUUGCAAAAAAGGGCGAUUCACAAUUUUGGACAUUGGGAAUUGGUGCUAAAUACGAGUUGUCCGAUGGUGCGAUAUUUCGUUGUAAAGUGGACAAAGAUCAACAAAUAGGAAUAAGCUUCUGUCAAAGGCUACUAGAUAUGCUGAAUUUCACUGUGUCCUGCAAUAUUGACGGUGCAAAUCUGGACAGCGGUGGUCACAAGGCUGGUAUCAGCAUUGAAUUAGAAGCUUGAUUGUCAUUUCCAGAAAUGUAAUUAACGCGCUGAUCGAUUCAAAAAUAAAUAAACCUUUAAACCGCAAUUCAUUAUCUUUAAAUAAAUACAUAAUAUAUUUCA